AUGACUGAGCUAAAGCGAAAAUUGAGAAUUGCAUUCAUUCACCCAGAUUUAGGCAUCGGCGGAGCUGAGCGAUUGGUUGUGGACGCUGCAGUGGGCCUGCAAGAACAGGGACAAGACGUAACUAUAUAUACCAGUCAUUGUGACAAAAGUCAUUGUUUCGAAGAGGUGCGUAAUGGUACCCUUAAAGUUAAAGUAUAUGGGGACGGUUUACCCACUAAUGUAGGUGGAAGGUUCUUCAUCGUGUUUGCCAACCUUAGACAGCUUUACCUUGUUAUGAAGUUGGUGCUCACACGAGAAAUUAUGCGAUACGACCUAUUCAUCAUUGACCAGCUCUCGACAUGCUUGCCGUUUUUGCAUAUGCUUGGAAAUGCUAAAACAUUAUUCUACUGUCAUUUUCCGGACCAGUUACUAGCGAUCAGGUCAUCUUUCAUCAAGAAACUUUAUAGAGUUUCAUUUGAUAUUAUGGAACAAUUUACAAUGAGCGCAGCAGAUUGCGUGGUGGUAAACUCCAACUUUACCAAGACCGUUUACCAGAAAACAUUUACUUAUCUCAAAGGAAAAGUAAACGUUGUUUAUCCCUGUGUUGAUCUAACAUUUGGACCUAUUCAAGAUAAAGAUAAAGAAUUGGCCGAGGUUCUACUAAAUACUCGAGAUAAGUUUUACUUGAGUGUCAAUAGAUAUGAGAGAAAAAAGAAUAUCGAACUCGCUCUAAAAGCUUUUGCCCUCUCAGAAGAAAUGAAUAACCCUCAUGCUAAGUUGAUCAUUUGUGGCGGUUAUGAUGGAAGGGUAGUUGAAAAUGUUGAAUAUCUUAAACACCUUCAUAAAAUUUCAGAUACAUUGCAACUGUCAUACGCGACUAUUUUCUACCCAGAAAUAAGUAACUUGAAGGACUUGCAAACAUCCGAUACUGCAACUAAAAAAGUCAUUUUUUUGACCUCAAUCUCCACUUCAUUAAAAGAUUUGUUAUUGAGUAAAACAGAGCUUUUGCUAUACACACCGUCAUUUGAGCAUUUUGGUAUAGUUCCAUUGGAGGCCAUGAAGUACGGAAAGCCUGUGAUAGCGGUAAACACUGGGGGGCCAUUGGAAACAGUAGAACCGCUGAUAAAGGGCAAAACUGAAAAUAUUGCAACCGGCUGGCUCAAAACUGCAGAUCCAGAGGAGUGGUCAAAUGCUAUCAAUGAGUUCAAAAAUGUUAGAGACCAGAAAGUGGUCGUUUUUUCAGAAACAGGACCAAAGAGAGUGAGAAAGUUGUUCUCUCGUGAGGCCAUGACAAAUAGUUUCGUUGAAAACAUAAAAACCUUCAUUGACUCCAAGAGGACUUCUUAUAUAUGGGAAAAACUUCUGAUUGUCCUGUUCAACUUAUUGCUGCAGGUUAUUAUGUCCCGCAUCUUUAUCGUCAAGCCUUGGACGUAUCUACUUUUAGCUGUGACAUCCACAUUGUGCUUUAGGAAUAUCGGCACUGGUCUCUAUUGGCUUGCCGUAUACCUUUCCAUAUCGAUCUUAUUGAGGGGUGUUAGUUCAAUUAUCUAG